AUGUCGUCGAAACUCACCAUGGCUAACUCGCCGGGUAGGACAGACCAGACGUUCACGAUUGGCUCGAAAAAAGAGCAGCAUCGAUAUGGAGAUGUUUUGUGGUUGAUAUUGCGGGCAUACUUCAGUGGGAGGGAAGUUUCUGGAGAGCAGGACGCAGCAUUCGAAAUGGAUGCUUUGGUUUGUGCCAAACGAGAAGAACGAAACGAGAUUCUGGAGAAAGUAGUGCGCUAUACAGCCAUUCCGGUAGUGGAGGGAUUAGAACGCCUGGAAACAAAUUACAUGUCUCAUCUGAGAGCGACGAGGAAAGAAGUGAAUGAGUUGCUAACAGAGUUCGAAAAGUACCAGGCACUGUUCCCUCACUCGAAAGCAAUGGAAGAAGAUUGCUGCAAAAGGAAGGGAGCGGCAUUCACAAAGCAAUUACUCGAAAGGGUCACAUUGCUGACUACCUGGCUGAACACUGUAGAGGACCUUGCAUCGAAAAUUGCUCAGCUUGGUACUGUAUUCGAAGUAAGCCGUGUUCCUGAUGGUGAGAAACAUUGGCCUCGACCGCUGCACAGCUCCUCUUCCACCGUUGGGCUGCGUGAUGCACGACCGGUGUUUGAGGCUUUUGUCAAGCGGAGUCUCCUUCUCAGGGGCAUGAAACGAGUGGUUGCUCGAGUCUGGGAGCUGUGCGAACGAACAAUCAUGAAAACCGCUAUUCUUCUUCAGCCACCCAUUGCUAGCUAUGCACAUGCGGCCUCUCGACAACGAACGAUGUUGCGAUUGACGUCAGUUCAGAUGGAGCGUUAUAAUGAAAUGUUUAACUACACUCUUACGAGCGAAAAGGCCAAAGCAGUUCGCUUGCCUUCGGUCGGACCUAUGUUUAUAUUUGUUCUUGGAGUUCGAUUAGAGUUAGCUCGAGAAUGGCUGAGUGUUAGAUCAAAGUGGAAAAUACCAGAAGGUGCAGAGAUGGACAUCCUCACUAUGGAAACGUUGAUUGAAGAUUGCAGAGAUUGUGUUGAUGAGGCUGUGCGUGCGAAGUUGUUUUUUCUCGACGUUAUCCAGUCUAUCUGCCCGAAAGGAAGAAAAGGAAAACUGUGUACAGCUGAUUUUGAAAACACACUCAAGGAUGUUUUUGAGAAAUACCUCGGCUAUGUCGAGCGAUGGUGUGAUUCGACAGCUCAGAGUGGUGAUCUCGGAAGGCUAUUCUCUAGAUUGGAGGAAGAAUGGCGCACAGCAUUCCACACGUAUUUUCCUCAUUUGCUUAAUGAGCUUGUGGUAAAAUUUUGGGAAACCAGCAUGGAAAAUAUCUCGGAGAAACAUGGAAUUCGUGAGCCGGAAGACGAUAGGAGCUUUGAUGAUACUGAUAAUGGCUACGACAGCCAAACUCGUGAGCAGACGAAUGUGUUCAGUGCUUUCCGAGCGUACAAUAGCGUGAUUAGGGAGGUGAAGGAGCGCUCUGCCAGAAUCGUUUGUCUGCUUCGUGGUGCUUUGUCAGAUCUUCACGACGCUUCGGGCUAUGUCAUGACCCAACCUUUGGAAGAUGUUCUCGCAGCUCUCCGACCUGAUUAUUGCUUGGUUGAUUUUGGCGAAGAGGCAGUAGCAGUUUGCGUACUGAUCGACUCAGCAAGUGCUGAUAAGGCUCUGGCCCAAGAUUUAGUUACUGCACUUGCUGAGGGGCGGAAACCUGAUUAUGGACGCAUCAUCGUUUUUCCGAAGCAGGAGCUCAGAUGGCUGUGGAAUUAUCGGCGGGUGAAACUUACUCUUGAGGAGAAUGUCAUGGAAAAUAUUCAUUAUUUGAGAACUGAUGUAGUGUGUGCUGUUGGUAUGGAUUGUAAGCUGGAGAAACGAUACCCCGGAAUGUUCGAGUUGGUGCUAACUUCCUGCUCAUCGCACUAUAACGUUGAUCGCGAGCUAAAGAAAUUGGCGGAAGCUUUCUUAGAGCUGACUGAUAUUUUCUCUUGCGGAAUAUCGAUACUAUGCAUCGAUGUUCGACGAACAUACGAUUCUAUAAAGAUGCGUGAUUCAGUUUACUGGACCCUAAUUCAAGCAUUCAAUUUCGCUUUCCAACUUCAUCGUGAAGUUUGCCGAUACGUGGGUGAUUCGUAUUUGGCGGAUUUCGGUAAGCAGCUUGUAUCACAAGGUCUUGACGUCAUUCAUCAGUGGAAGGAACUGAUAGCUGUUAUGAAACCACAGCCUUCUCCUCAUAUUCCGCUUUGGGCUAGUCAUGCGUUCAACUUUAUUCACUUUCUUACUGACCCCAAAUACACGGAAUACCUUUUAGACUGUCAAUUUCAAGUUCUGAAAGCUGAUGUUGAAGAGUGCAAACGGCUGGUACUUGGUGAUAAAGACGCUAUUACGGUGACCCCUAGGAGUCGGAGCUCCACCAUGAGUUCAAGAAAAACUUCUGAUGAGAUUUCGUCAAAGAUGAAAAAAGUAUCCCUUGAGUCUCGUCGGGCAAGGCUUGAAGCGGCUGCACUUGAAACGGAUAAGAAAGUUGCGAAAAGGUCCGUCUUUCGUAUGGGGCGAGUGAUAACCUUGAAACGAGAGGACUUCAAAAUAGAGAACUAUACUGAUCCUUCGAGGACUGCUCCGUUCAAGUAUCAGAUCUUGGAGAAGCUAGCUGGGGGUACUUUUGGAACCGUCUACAAAGCUCUCAAUGUGGAUGCUCAGUGUGUGAUAGCAGUGAAGGAAAUACGUGUUAAUAUCCAUAUACUGAAAUUAUGCACUUUUCCUCGUUCCCCAGUUUCUACAAUUUAUUUCCAGAUUCUCAAAGGAGAAGUGGAUAUAUUUCGUAAUCUCAGCCAUAAGAACCUAGUAAAAUACUACGGAUGCGAAGUUCGCCAGGAUGAGGUGUUGAUUAUGAUGGAGUACUGCUCAGAAGGCACACUGGAGAAGAUCUGCCGUGAAGGCCUAGAUGAGGAGUUGGUCAGGCGCUAUACCAACAGCUUGCUACGAGCAGUUGCAUAUAUGCACAGUCAAAAAGUAGUCCAUCGUGACAUAAAGCCGGCCAAUAUUUUCUUGGAUCUUCACUGCGUACUGAAACUUGGUGAUUUCGGAUGUUCUGUGCGCCUUCGCGAUCAAGCAACAGUUUAUGGAGAAAUUGCUGAAUAUGCAGGGACUGUGCAAUACAUGGCGCCAGAAGUACUAACUUAUGGUGGUAUGGCAGAAGACGGAAAGUAUCGAGGAUAUGGCAGAGCUGUCGAUAUUUGGAGUAUUGGUUGUGUUGUACUAGAGAUGAGCACCGGUCGGCGACCAUGGCCAGAAAUGCAUGCAUUCCAAAUCGCGAUGAAGGUUGGUCAAGGAGUCCUCCCAGCUUAUCCUAAUCCCAUACGAUGGAUAUUGAAGCACUUUUUGGAUUCAUGCUUCGUAUUCAAUCCUGAUGAUAGGAAAUCCGCUGAACAGUUGCUCAAUGAUCCAUUUGCGGAUGUUCACGUUGGUCAAGGAGUCCUCCCAGCUUAUCCUAAUCCCAUACGAUGGAUAUUGAAGCACUUUUUGGAUUCAUGCUUCGUAUUCAAUCCUGAUGAUAGGAAAUCCGCUGAACAGUUGCUCAAUGAUCCAUUUGCGGAUGUUCACGUGGAUGCGGACUCUGUUAUCCCUUCACUCAUUGUUCAAGAUGACAAUGACGGAGAAAACAAGCCUUUAAGUUGGAAAACGAGUAAUCAAGGCGAUAAUAUCGACAAUCACGGUAGUGUUAGUUAUAGUAGCGGAAGCAGUGGCUGUAACAGCAGCAGUAGGUAG